UAUUUUGCAGAUGCGGAAAUGCAAUGGCGGAGAAAAUGAAGCCCGGUGGAAGCGCUCCUCCUAAUGAGUCCGGUAAAAGCACCAGCUGUACGGACUGCGUGUGUGUGAUUCUGAAGCUGCUGGCGGACUUCGAGGAAGAGCUGAAAUUAGGUGAUGCUGCGCUGAAACUUGAGGUCAACAUCGACGCGGUGGAUUUGCCAUCAUCCUCAGCUGCUCAUGUUUACAGCUGCCUGCAGCAGCACAUCGCCAAAUUACAGGCCGUUUCAGAAAGCCUCAAGACACUGGUGGAUGCUGGAAACCAGUCCUCAUCCGUAAAGGACAACACAUCGGGAGGACACCAGGACGAUGCUGCCGUUUCAGCUUUACUCAAAGAGCAGGCACCCACGCCGUCUGAGCACUGUCCCACCACCUCUAGCAGAGGCAUCUCUGAGGCUGAAGAGAGCAAGUCGCAGCCUGAUGACCUCAUUGUGCAAAUCAGAGCCGGGAAGUCAGAGAUUGACCGAAGAAUAUCUGCAUUUAUGGAGCGCAAGCAGAUGGAGAUCAAUGAAAACAAUGUGCGGGAGUUUUGCAACGUGAUCGACUGCAAUCAGGAAAACAGCUGUGCCAGAACAGAUGCAGUGUUCACUCCUUACCCAGGAUUUAAAAGUCAUGUGAAAGUUACCCGGGUGGUAAACACUUACGGGCCACAGACCCGAGGUGGAGGAGGCCAGGGAGAGGCUGGCGAGCAGCAGAGGGGUUCGGUGGCCAGGGAGUGUGGAAAUCCAGUCAUAGAGGAACGUCUUCACAACAUCGAGACUCACUUAAACCUCUCAACUGCAGGUCCGGUCCCACUGAGUGUUUACCAGAGGCUGAAAAAGCUGGAAGAUCGCAUCCUGGAGUUGGAGGGACUUUCGCCAGAAUAUUUUCAGUCCACAAAUUAUCUGCACAAGCGACCAAAGGCAUCCGCUAAUCAGGCCUGCAGUCUGACAGAGCUGGAUGGGAAGAUCAGCGCAGUGAAAGCAGCCCUGCUGAAGAGGGUGAACGAAUUCGGGCCCGGAUAUGGAACAGAGUGUCCGCUCUAACCGCACUCAAACACACUACAUCCGCUGCUGUUGUCCAAACACAACAUUGCUUCCUUUUUCAAUCCCCGUACUGUUCGUUAGCACCCAUUCCUCUGCGUUUGUCUUUGUAGUUCAGUGAAAUAUGAUUGCUUUGUAAAUAAAAGUAUUUUUUCUUUCCUUAAA